ACUUCUCUGUCCAAAACUCAUAAAACCAAGUGUAGUCAUACAAAGUUGUAUCCAAGUUGUGCUGCACACCCGCUGCAUCUCUUCCCUCUCCCUCCUUUCGCACCAUCCCCACAUGGAGAACAGUGAGAUGGAGCUCCUCUUCCUCUCUUUCCUCCUCCUCUUGACCCUCUUCCUCUCCAUUUCUCUUCGUCUCAUGUCUGCUCAACACCCACGCCGGCAACGACGACGACCUGAACCCAUGCAAAAACGCAAAGGCUCGAGGAAGAGAACUCCUCAACCUACGAAUUCUUUGGUCCUUAACUCCGUAUCAGUCUCAAAUGAGAAUGCUAGCAUCAUUAGCAAGCUCCUCGGAUCCAGUUUCCAACGCCUCAUUCAAAAGCUCUUUCCAUUUUAUCUCCAGCCUUGGACGCGCCAGGAGUCGACCCACAUCGGUGGACUUCCUCUUCCAUGGUUCAUCAAACCCCAAAUAUUGCGGAACUUGGAAGCAAGUUGUGACCUCAGGGAACAAGUCGCCGUGUUGGCAGACGGUGAUGAGAGAGAUGAUUGCCCUACUGUAGCGACUGACCUGUCUCUGUACGACCGAAACUAUGGUAAUCACAGCGUUGAGCAUUCUUCAACGAGAUCUGCUGACCCCUUUCAAGAUCUCUUAUCUGGGUUCUCGUCGAUGGAGAUGAAAUUGUCCGUUUGCUCGCAAGAUCUGUCUUGGCAUGAGCUUACUCUUGGUUCAAAGAUUCAUCAUUCUGCAGGGUCGCCAGAUCUCUUGCGUAAAUUCUUGAGAGGAGCAGAGAAGGUCAUUGAGGUUACCAUAACGAAGGGAAGAGGGAAUAUGCUUAUUCGGUCGGAGGAGACAUUGCAGAUGAUGAGCUGCUGGGGGAAUAAUAUUUUGAGCGAGGUGUCGACAGUCGUGCCGUCUUCGCCGAAAGCCAUGGCGAUAUUCAUCAUCACCAGAGAGGAUAGAUCCUCCAAUCCCGAAAGCCAAGAGAUAUCCAAGUAUGCAUCGAAGACACUUCUUAAUGUGGACAGUUCAGACACAAAUGCGGUCGUGAGCAUGAAGAUCUCUGUCUGUCGUCCAACAAGAAACGGCCUCAGCAAGACUGACCGUCUAGCUCUCCCUCGCCCCACGGCGGAUUUACUCGGUCGCCGCACAAUUAGACGCGAUUAGGCCAUGCUUAAUUAGGUAGCUCCCUGUCGUGAUCAUGUCUUAUCAGUAAUUAUCAGUAGCCACGCCGGACUGUUGGGGAAGAAAAGAAAGUGCUGGGCGACUCUCCUUGCAACUUCUUCUUCUCAUUUCUUCUUUAUUUGCGCCUGAAAAAGACGUUGUACUGUCGAUGUGCGUGCCCUCCAUCUCCAAGGACAAGAAGGGCCAGGAGCGAGGAGGAGGACACUUGCAUGUAUGUGACCCACGUCUUGAAAUAAAUGUCUAUUGUUGCGAA